AUGGCUAAGUUAGCGCAAGAGAAGAAAGUGGCAAAUGAAAUCGAACGUUCAGUUUUGUUGGAUGAACUUGCUACAUCCGCUGUACACUCAAUCCUUCAACGUGAUAGACAAGAAUGUUUG